CAACACAUUUCAGAAGAAUUUCUAUUUUAGAAAAGAAAGAAUGAAUACAUUCUGUCAAGAUUCUCUACUUCUUCAAGAGAAUCAAUGUUAUAAUCUCGCCCACAAACUGAGUCAAAACCAAGAAUUUUACUACAUGGUGUCAGCUCUCCGACAUGUUGUCUCCGGCGCUGGCGAUGGUCUGGCGAACGGCGAAGCUGCUCAGCUUUUGUGGGAAGUACAAAAUGCAAGUGGUGGUUCAGCUAAUUCCAUGCCACGUAAGCGCAUUAAUGUGGACUCAGUGGAGUUGCAGAAGGGGAAGAAGAGGAGAAGGAGAAAUACGAAGAAGGAAUUUAGGGGAGUGAGACAAAGGCCAUGGGGAAAAUGGGCCGCGGAGAUUCGCGAUCCGCACCGAGCCCAACGAGUUUGGCUCGGUACUUUUCUUACUGCGGAGGAUGCUGCUAGAGCUUACGACAAAAAAGCUAUUGAAUUUAGAGGUGAAAAAGCUAAAACAAACUUUCCUAUUUCAGAAUAUACUGCAGCUGCGGUUAAUGAUCAGAUUAACAAGUCGUCUCCAAUGGUAGUAGUGGAAGAUAACAAAGAAUUAGAACAAGUCCUUAAUGUUGGUGACGUGGCUGUUAAUGGUGAAAAUAGUAGUAGUAGCAUGCAAAAUGGUGAUUAUGACGACUUUUGGGAGACAUUGGAAGAUGAUGGACUUGUCAAGUGGAUCACACAGGAUAUGUUCUUCUGAUCAUUUAAUUUCUCUUUCUCUAUUCGGCUUAUGUUUUUUUAAUCUUAUCUGAAAAUAUCUUCUUUUUUUCCCUUUGAUGUUUGUCGUUUUCUUCAACUGCUUUUGAGCGGCUAAGGAGUUGUAGGAAAUAUCUUGUAAUUUAAGUAUUGUUACUCAAGUGUUGAG